AUGGAAUUAUUAAAGGAUCCAUCCAAUGAUCGAGUUGUGAAAACCUUGAAGCCUCCACCUCAUCGCCCUCUCUCUCGAUAACUAAUGUAUCCAGAGAAACUUAAAAGUAUUAAAUUUUAAUAUUAUUAGAUAAACCUGACUGGAGAUUAUUAUUAGAUCAUUUAUUAAAAGAGGGAAGAAUAGCAAAGGAUGACCUUUUCAAAUUAGUUUCAGAUUGCAAUAAAAUAUUUAGUAAAUAUUACCUUAAACAACAGAAAAUGAGGGAAAUCUCAUAUAUUUACAUGAUCCUUUAACAGUUGUUGGCGACAUUCAUGGCCAAUAUUAUGAUUUAGUUAAAAUGUUUGAUGUUGGAGGAAAUAUAGAAACCACAAAAUAUCUAUUUUUGGGUGAUUUUGUUGACAGAGGCUCAUUUUCCAUAGAAGUGGUCGUUCUAGUUUAUGCAAUUAAGAUCAACUUUCCGAAUACUAUUUUUUUCCUAAGAGGAAACCAUGAAUGUAGACAGCUUACGAGCUUUUUCAAUUUUAAGGACGAAUGUAUACAAAAAAAAACCCUCUCAUCAAGGCCUCUAUAAGUAUGACCAAGAAACCUACGAUUUGC